AUGAGCGGCGUUGAGCUCAUUGUUGGGGCCGUCUUGGGUGCGAUCCCCAUUGCCUUAGAGGCAUACGACCGAUCAGGUCGGGUGUUCCAGGUCUUCUCUACUUCCGUCAAGCGGUACCCCAGCGAGGUUCUCCUCCUCGAGACCAGGCUCGGCGCUCAGAAGGCCAUAUUUCGAAAUAAUGCGGUCAAUCUGCUUACCGCCAUCACAAAGGAUCGGGUGCGGGUACAGGAAGUGCUGGACAAGCCCUCGUCAGACGCCGCCAAGGCUGGGCUGGUGAUGAGCUCCCUGCUUGGGUUGACCAAGCCUCACAUCACCAAAGCCAUUGACGAGUUGCGGGACUUCAACCAAGACUUCGGCCUAAUCACAGAUCACAUCAUCAAGGCCCUGCACAGCAUUGCCGAUGAGCCGAAGGACGAAGGCCCCGUCCGAAAAUCUGCCCGGUCUCUCAACGUGCUGCAGCCGUACCACCGGUUCCGAGACGCUUCCAAGGCGUUGUACUCAAUGCUCCAGAUGCGAUGGGUGUGCCAGUCUCACAAGUGCCACUGCUUCGACGUCCGUAUCCUGGACAGCUGUACCGUGGCAACCUCGGCUCGAUACGUGACCUGCGAGCUGGCGAUAACGCACGAUGGAUCCAAUUACGGCCCCAAGGCGCCGCUGCGCCUCGAGGUGCAGCAAUCGUGUGUCGACGGGGACGAUGAGGAGGACGACUCAAUACCGGUGCCGGCACCGGCGCAGAAAGAACCGGAAUCGUCGAACAUGCAGCAGCUCACAGCCGUCCUGGAAGCGGGAUCCGACAAGUUCGUCGUCCGACACAGCAAGGCACAGCCGAAGAAGGGAUCAAAAGACCCCCCCACCGCCAUCAAGACACCGAACAACUCCGGCGCUCCGCAGCUCCCAAGCCUCGAGCUCGCCACCCAGUCCAUGGCCGCGCUGCAGCUCGACCCGGACGCCGACGCCUCCGACAUCUGCCGUGCCUUCCACGACGCCACCAUCGCCAUGUCGCCCUCCGGCCGCCUCCUCCUCGACUCCUGGCGCAGCCCAGACUUCGGCUCCGCCCAGUGGUUCUGCGUCCCGCCCACGUCCGCGACCACGACCGCGACCGCCGCCCUCGGCACCUGCCAGUCCCUGAGCGACCUCGUCGCCUGGAUCGCCCAGGACCCCAUCUUCCGCGCCCUGCCGCGCGGCGCGCUCUUCGGCCUCGCCGGCGCCGUCGCCGAGGGCAUCAUGCAGUUCUACAGCACGCCCUGGCUGCCGGCGGACCUGGGCCGCAGCGUGCGGUACUUCCACUCGCCCACCGCGGGUACGGGUGGCGGCGGCGGCGGCGGCGGCGGGCUGGACGCGGGCGAGGAGCUGCAGGGCCCGUACUUCAUGACCCGCCUCGAGACGUACCGGCAAGUGACCGCGGCGGCGAAAGGGAAGGGGCGCGCUGGCGGUGCUGGCGGUACUGAGAGCGUCGCCAACGCCAGCGGUGCGCGGAACAAGCUGUUGUUUAGUUUCGGGAUCCUGCUGUUGGAGAUCGGGUACGGGCGGCCGUGGGCCGAGUUGCGGCGCGAGGUGCUGGCCAAGCUCGGCGGCGGAGGAGGUGAGGACGGCGGGCCCGCCGACUGGCGCGCCGCCGAGAAGCUGGCGCAUUUGCUCGUGCGGCAGAUGGGGCCGACGUACCCGCGGAUCGUGAGGAAGUGCCUGGGGUGUGACUUCGGGCUGGGCGAGACGGACCUGGACAAUGAGGAUUUGCAGAGGCGGUUCCUGGACGAUGUGGUUGCAGGCUUGAGGAGGCUGGGGGAGGAGAUGCGGCUUAUGAGCUCGGGUUGA